CGAGAACCCAAGAGGUUCCGGCGAGAUCCUCGUAGGUAGUACUAAGUCAAAACAGAGUAGCAGUGGGAGAUCGACGAGAGAACAAAAGUGAGAGAAAAGAAAUGUACGCAAAAAUGAAGGCUCCCAUGCUCCUACCGCCACCAGGUAGACAAGCGGCUGGAGUGCCGUCAUCGUCGUCAAGUAGCAGCAGCGCAGCGACAACUGCAGCCGCGGCCACUUCCGAAAUCGUCACGCGAUUCCCUGCACCCGAGCCACCCAUGCACCUCGAGCCGUCCACCUUCAAGAAGCAGUCAUAUCAUCAAGCACUCCUACGCUACUGUAGCGCACCGGACUUGGCACUGAUGCUACAAGCGCACACAGAAGGGACGCUGAUCAACAGGUACUACCGCUUCCAAGUUUUCAGAGACUGGUGCGCCGCGCGGCCAAUCCCUAUCUAUGAGCCGUACGAGAUCGAGCACAUCAGGCUGUACUGCCUGCACAUAGCCGCGGUCAGCGACCACUCCAAGCUGGCGCUGACCGCUUUUACCGCGGUUACAUACCAAUGCAUCAUGCCGCCCAUCAACCCGAAGACAGGCCGAACAUACCAAUGGCUAGCGUCACACCCGUGCGCCAUAAAAGCACUAGCAAUAGCACAUGACGAUGUGAAACGAACCGUCAAGAAAGAGGAGCAGCACAAGGCGCCGCCCAUCCAGCUACAAGAAACCGCCAAACUGCAUACCAGCGACCGGCAACACAUCGUAGUAUGGACCCAUUUAGGAGUACGGUGGAGCAGCUACUCCGAAAUUCGCGAUUGCGACGUGCAGUGGAAAACUGGUACCGCUACAUUCAAGAUCACGGCGGACAAGAUACUAGAUGCUCGGGAUCGAUACAUCACGAUCGCAUGCACAUGCACGGAUGCCACCACCAACAAGCAGCACUGCCCGAUGUGCUGCAACGCGGUCCCGCCAGACUAUCCAGUGGACGAGACGAGAAUGAAGAUGGCACUACGAGCGAUCCGUGCAACUUUUCAUUCCCCACGGCGGACAAAUGCCAUUAUGGCCAGGCACCAUAUCCAGCAAGGAAAGCACUUCAACUUCGCGAGUUAUAUGGCGGAUAGAGGAUGGGUAACGCUGGCCACCUUCUUCGCCUACUGCGUGGACUUCAAGGAUUAUGAUGCGACCAAACUGUUACCCGCCGAUGCAAGCCUCAAACGAGACGAUACGUCCUCUGCCAACAUCCAAUUCCCCAAGAGCAAAAAGCAACUGGAGACGCUGCACGACGCGGCGAGGCAAGCCACCGAAAAAGAGGAAAGUGACACCAUCGACGCUAUCCUCACACGUAAAGCAGCACUACAGCAGGAUCAAAACGGAUUCUAUAUGUCUCAGAACGCGCUGCUGGCGAAGGGCAGCGUCACACAAAGGGGGAAGGAUACCUUCGUACCUAAAGCACGAAAAGUAAUCCCUAUGAAGGCGGCAACGCCGCGCCCAGACGAAGUAGACGCGCUGCCUCCCCGGAAAAAAGCGGCACCGCUGCGCAGAAAACUGGCGGCGUCCGAUUCCACGACGGGCUUGAGGGCGAACCGAAAGACGCGAGGCGAACCCAAGUCCGGCGUGGCAGCGACGGGAGCCGGGGUGAUGAAGCGCGCCUCUGCCGCUUCGUUGCCUGGAAAAACCAAAAAGCACGUUAAAAGAAAGUGAACCUGCUCACACUGUGCGCCCGAGCAAAGUCGCGCCACGUGCGCCACGGUCUCCACGUGAGACCAAGCUAUGGUGGAUUUAUUGAGCACAAGUGUUCCGGCUGGGACACUUCUAUUCUAAGGUCCCCUUGCCUGCUUGGGCUGGUUGAAUCAAAUAAUGGGCUUAGCGGAUCCUUCGCGCUCAGAUCUAAGCUCUGGCUACUCAUAAAAUCAAACGAGGGCUGCGAUCUGAGAACUCAGCAAAUUUAUAUAGGUAUCUGUAGUCACCUAUUAUUCUACUGGGCCGCAAAUGAAAAAUUAACCUAUUGAAAAAAUUCUGGCUACAGGCAGGAGGGACGCUGAGAGCGUUGGUCUAGAAAGGGUAGAUCUGUUUUA